GGCACCGUCACUGAGGCCACUUCCACCACUUAAGGGCAGCUUUAGACUGUGCGCAACGAUCCGAAAUCUCAUUCUGAAGAGCAAACAUCUCGGAUUAAGGGGAAUGGCUUGUUUCAGGGCACUUUUAAUACGUUUAUUGAUCAACUUCGACUCAAACUGCGUCUUUUGACCGACUUAUCUGAGCGCCCAGAAUAAAGUUUCUCAUGGUGCACUUUAUCCCGAGGCAGCACAGCGCGCUACGGAGAUCAGAAAUGAAAGCAGAGCCGGGACUUUUCUGCGCAUUUCUCUUUUUAAAGUAUUCCAAAUGGCUUGAAUCUCAAGUCCUUUCUUGAUUCGAUCCGCGGCUGCUACAGAUAUCAGCGCGCUUUGACGGACUUAGGCUACUUUUACGCACGUUUGAUAUUUGGAUAAGCAAAGACAGAGACACUCGGGACUCCGGAGAGCAUAGCGGGACAACACCAUGACCAGCUGCUGGCUUGCCUUCUUCGGAUUGUGGUGGAGCGCUUAUUACUGCAUGUUCCAGGUCGCGGGGAGCAAUUAUUCACUGGAUGGAAACAACGAAGUGCACCCGGGCUUCAUCCACCGGCGGCUGCGGACGCACGAGAAGAGGGAGAUGCAGAAGGAGAUCCUGUCCAUCCUCGGACUGCCUCACAGACCGAGACCGCAUCUGUCACAUGGAAAGUACAAUUCAGCUCCUCUUUUUAUGUUGGACUUGUACAACACCAUUUCUACGGAGGAGAAAAGCCAAGUGGAAGGCAUGCUGGAUCGAUACGAGUCGAUGCGUACGACUCAGAGUCCUCCGCUAGCCACGUUUCAAGAAACAGCCUUUCUAAAUGAUGCGGAUAUGGUUAUGAGCUUCGUAAACCUGGUGGAGUACGACAGAGAGCUCUCUCCGCAUCGACGUCACCACAAGGAGUUUAAGUUCAACCUCUCCCAGAUCCCAGAGGGCGAGGCCAUCACUGCCGCAGAGUUUCGCCUCUAUAAGGAGUGCGUGAGCCGAGCCUUUCGCAACGACACCUUCUUACUUAAAGUCUACCAGGUGGUCAAAGAGCACCCCGACAGAGAAGCAGAUCUGUUCCUGCUGGAGUCUCGUAGGCUGUGGGCAGCUGAGGAGGGCUGGCUGGAGUUUGACAUCACUGCUACCAGCAACCUGUGGGUGAUGAGUCCAGUACACAACCUGGGCCUGCAGGUCAGCGUGGAGACCAGCAGUGGACAGAGCAUCGGCUCCAAGGAGGCGGGGCUUGUGGGACGUGAUGGGGCGCUAGAAAGGCAGCCUUUCAUGGUGGCGUUUUUCAAAGUCAGUGAGGUGCACAUCCGCACUGCCCGCUCUACUGGUGGGAAACGUCGGCAGCAGAACCGUAACCGAUCCACACAACCACAAGAGGGAUCUCGAGGCCCAGGUCCAGCAGAUUACAACAGCAGUGAUCAGAAGACGGCAUGCCGAAGACAUGAGCUCUACGUCAGCUUCAGAGAGCUGGGGUGGCAGGACUGGAUCAUUGCUCCUGAAGGCUAUGCAGCCAACUACUGUGAUGGGGAGUGCUCCUUCCCUUUGAAUGCCCACAUGAACGCUACCAACCACGCCAUCGUACAGACACUGGUGCACCUGAUGAACCCUGAGAAUGUACCGAAGCCUUGCUGCGCCCCCACCAAGCUCCACGCCAUCUCAGUGCUCUACUUCGACGACAACUCCAACGUCAUCCUGAAGAAAUACAAGAACAUGGUGGUACGGGCCUGCGGCUGCCACUGACACGGACGUCGAGGGCUGAUCAUGCUUGACUGAUGGAUCGGCUGGCAAAGGGCCUCAACUGCACCAGUGACUCAUGGGAGAUGUUGACUCCACUAGACACAAACUUCCUGCCCAAAACCUCAACCUGCAAGGAAUAUCAGUCCUGAGAGAUCAUCAUGAUCUGUCCAAAGAUUCUGGAAUUUUAUAUCCAACAUGAGAAUACAUGAAACAAACAGGGCCUUUGCAAAAGUGACACCUAAUGUGUGUUUAGCAGUUGUGGAGCCACCUGGUUCUCUACUAGCUUGAGUGGUUGUGGAGUUUAUUUCAUAGGUCUGCAACUGAGUGAAUGACUGUGAGUGUGGAGGAUGAAGUUUGUAUAUUAUGAGUCUAUGGAAGCGUGUAUGAACUGCACCCUCCUCUUUACAGAGAGGGCAAAACUGAACUGUUGUGGGACCAAUCACAGUGCUGCUUUCUCUCCUUUCUCCUCUUGGACAUAAAAAGAGUCUCUAAAGAGACACUACUCUGCGAUUCUUAACCCUGGGAGGUUAACUCAGUGUUAUCACAUCACUGAAGCCAACAGUAGUCGUAAAACAAACCUGAUUUGAUGACAGAAAAUGUCCAAAAUGCUGUCAAAAGACAAGGAAAUCUCAAUCUAACAGCGAAUGAUGGAUUCAUUUGAGUCAGUAGAUUGAUAUUUCAUUUCUUUUUCCUGGUGUAUUUUCUUCUCAAGCCAUAUUUGCCCUCCGAAAAUAUAAUCUGGAAUGAACCAAAGUGACCACAGGUAAUUUUAGUAGCGCUCCAAAUAUCACCUCCGUGUCAAUAUUUGCUGGGCUCACGCUGAGCUGCGAUUUACCAGGAUGGUUCAGCGUGAUGCAUGUUGUGGCUACACUGAUGUUUUUCUCCAAAGCAGCGAAGAAUACAGCCUUAUCCCUCUGACAUACCGCUAAUGGCCAUUUCCAUGUUGCUGCGCUCGCAAAGUUAACAAACGCUUCCACCCCUGACAACCCAUCAAGAGAUUUUGGAAAAACAUUCAGCGAGUCAAAAACAGCCGGCAGAGCAGUUUGUGUGCCAGUUCUCUGAAAUUAGCUCUGCUUUUUCAACCCUGAGGGUAAAAUGAUGUUGUGUCCAGUUGAACAUGUUACUGUGAGCUUUGAAUGAGUGUUUUAGAGACUAUAUUCUAAUGACAAACUAAUACCAACAAGAAUCAAAUACCUUAUGUGCCUAACCAGUCAUAAAUUACAAAAUAUACCUCUGGUAAGCUGCUGUUUACAUUUGUGAUCAUGUUAAGACUGUUUUUGUAAAUACUUGUACAUUCUCAGCUUAUUUAUUGCACCUUUUAUUAAAAAGUAAAAAUCACAUACCGUAUAAACAAAGACAGAUGCAAGAACAAGAUUAAACUUAUUUUUGAAAAUUUUUAUCAUGAAAUCUCAUGUUACAACUUGCCAUUAUUCACUCUUUUGUACAAAAUGCAUGGGUAGUGCACAGCCCAUGUCUAACAAGGAAAUGAUACUUCUGUCACUGGAGUUCCAUAGACCAUGUGCUAUUCAUAAAAACUUUAACUGACAACAGUGCUGCGUCUCUGUUUGACUUCCUGGGUGUGACAAUAAAGGGUGCCUUGCAUAAUGCAGCAACAAGGUUUCAUGUAACUGUGGUAAGACUCUAAAUUUAUCUCAUACAAAGUGAAACAAAGCAAGACUUUUUGUUUUAAUCUCGAUGAUUAUGGCUUACAGCUCAUAAGAAUAAAAAAUCCACUAUCUAUAUAAGGAUCUUGUGGAAAAGUCCAAUUUUCCUGAGCUUUCAUUCUCUCACUCUGCUUUUGUAAACACAACCACAAUCAUUGGAAAGACUGAGGACUUAAUAACUGUCCAGAAGACAAUCAUUGGCACCCUACACAUGGCGGGUAAGCCACAGAAGGUCACUGCUGAAAGGGCAGACUAUUCUCGGAGGCUAUAUCAAAGCAUGAUAAUGGGAAGUUGACUAAAGGGGAAAAGUGUGGUACGAAAAGGUGCACAAGCAACAGGGUUGAGCUUAGCCUUAAGAGGACUGUUGAACAAAUAAAAUUCAAGAACUUCAAGGGGAGUUCCCAAGUAGUGGACUACACAAGAGCCACCACACGCAGGUGGGCCAAGGAAAUGGGCUAAGUGUUGCGUUCCUAGUGUUGAGCCACUCCUAAACCACAGAAACCCUUCUCACCAGGGCUAAGGAGAAAAAGAACUGGACUGUUGCUCAGUGGUCCAAAUUCCUGUUUUUAGAUGAAAGUAAUGUUGCAUUUCAUUUGGAAAUCAAGGUCCCAGAGUCUGGAGGAAGAUGUGAGAGGCACACAAUCCAAGGUGCCUGAAGUCCAGUGUUUUCAGUUUUCACAGUCAGUGAUGGUUUUAAGUGCCAUGUCAUCAGCAGCUGUUGGUCCACUGCUUUAUCAAGUCCAGAGUCAAUGCUGUCAGCCAUCUUCCAGGAGAUUUUUAGAGCACUUCAUGUCUACAUCUGUUUUACGGAGAUAAUGGUCUGGGCACCUGCCCAAAGUAAAGCCAAAACUACCAGAAACUGGUUUUCUGACCAUGGUAUUACUCUGUUUGAUUGGCCAGCCAACUGGUCUAACCUGAACCCCAUAGAGAAUCUCUGGGGAAAUGAGAAGAUGAGACGCACCAGACUAAACAAUAAAGAUGAUCUGAAGGCUGCCAUCAGAGCAACCUGGGCUUCACAACACCCCAGCAGUGCCACAGACUGAUUGCCUCCAUGACACAUUGCAUAGAUACAGUAAUUUAUGCAAAAGGAGCUCUUACCAAGUACUAAGUGCAUAAAUGAGCAGAAUUUUCUAGAAGGUCAACAUUCCUGUAUUAUAAAUCAUUUUUUGGACUGGUGUUUUGAUAUUCUAAUAGUUUGAGACUGUGGAUUUUUGUAUUAUUGUGAGUUGUAAUCUGUAAUCAUAAAGAUUAAAACAAAAAAUGGUUUGAAAUUUCACUGUUCAAGAUGAAUCCAGAAAAUAUGGAAAAGAGUGUGAAUGACUGGCAU